GACGGUGACCGUGAACUGUGUAAUGUACCUUAUUUUAUGGCGUGUUGAGUUUGUUACAACUGCAACACAAUGCAUAUGUUUACCUUUAUCUAAUAUAUACCGUAAUAUAUUGUAUAAGAAUGCUCGGUUUACAUAAUUUCGGUUCGUCCUAAUUUAUUUGUUUACUACAGAGCAGAUUCCAGCAGCCAAAGUUUAUUCAGCCUUGUCAAUCCACGUGUUUUGUAGAGCUCGAGUCAACAUGGCCACAUUAAAAUUAAUGAGGGCCAUCAGAGUGUCAGAGUUUGGAGCCCCUUCAGUUUUAAAACUUUGCACAGAUCUACCUGUGCCAAGUCCUGGACAGAAGCAGGUUCUGAUUCGAGUCCAUGCAUGUGGCGUGAACCCAGUGGAGACAUACAUCCGCUCUGGAUCAUACGCCCGAAAGCCCAAGUUGCCCUAUACUCCUGGAUCAGACGUGUCUGGUGUGAUUGAAGCUGUCGGGGAAGGUGUUCGCCUCCUACGAGCAGGUGACAGAGUCUUCACCACAGGCACUGUGACAGGAGGAUACCUUGAGUACACUGUUGCCUCAGAGGAUGCUGUUCACAAACUUUCAGAUUCGCUGGAUUUUAAACAGGGUGCAGCAAUCGGAAUCCCAUAUUUCACAGCAUACCGGGCGUUAUUUCAUAAGGCUCAUGCCAAAGCUGGAGAGACUGUAUUUAUCCAUGGAGCCAGUGGUGGGGUAGGCAUUGCAGCAUGUCAGAUUGCUCGAGCAUUUGGACUUAAGGUGCUAGGUACAGCAGGGACACCAGAGGGGAUGCAGCUGGUCCUCAGCAACGGAGCCCAUCUUGCUUUCAACCACAGAGACAAAGACUACCUGGAGAAAAUUAAGGCAGCUACUGACCAUCAAGGUGCGAAUAUCAUCAUCGAGAUGUUGUCCAAUGUCAACCUCAGCAAUGACCUACAGCUGCUGGACUUUGGUGGCAGAGUGAUUAUUGUUGGAUGUAGGGGUCCUGUUGAGAUCAACCCCAGAGACACCAUGAUCAAGGAGUCAAGCAUCAUUGGCGUGGCUUUGUUCUAUGCAACUAAGGAAGAAACAUCUGAGUGUGCAGCCGCCCUGUUUGCAGGAAUGGAGGCAGGCUGGUUAAAACCUGUCAUUGGUCCAGUAUAUACACUUGAUAAAGCUGCACAAGCUCAUGAGGACAUCAUCAACAGUCCUGGAGCCAGUGGAAAGAUGAUUCUAAUGAUGUGAAAUUUGUAUCACGUGACAAUGGGAACAUCAGACGUAAUUAACAUUAGCUUGCAGUCUUUCAAUUAACUGCCAAAUUUGUUCUUCAGUGUUAUAUUUUGAUGAUGUGCACAAUGUUUUCAAGGAACUUUUGAUAUACAAAUAAAAUCAUAGAGACUACGAACUGAAUAAAAAAAUUAAAUGUAAGAAAAUGUAAACAUUAAUUUAUUUGCAAUUACAAAAACAACUUAAAAAUCCAUAUGCAAUUAACAGGCCUACACUGGUAUUGGUAUUAAAGGGAUAGUUCACCCAAAAAUGAACAUUCUGUCAUAAAUUACGUACCUAUUUAAAUUAUGUGGCUUCUGAUUGCUUUUUUUCUUCAACUGCAUAAUUGCUUAUCACUUUAAUGCUUGUCUGCCUG